GAUCAUGAUGCCCAUGGUUUUCUGAUGGUAGACACUGUGAGUUGCUGUGAGUUGCUUUACGAAGAACCAUGUCGACACAUGCAGAAAAGGAUUUAGAUUUAAGUAAUGCAGGACGUGGUGUUUGGCUCGUUAAAGUGCCGAAGUACAUAGCUAGUAAAUGGGAAAAAGCUCCAGGAAACAUAGAAGUCGGAAAACUGAAGAUAUUGAAGAAUCACGGUCAAAAGGCUGAUGUAUCCUUAAAAUUGUCUGAAGCAGUUUUAGCUCUAAAAGAUGCAGGAGAAGAAGAAAUUCCUAAGCAACACAAACUUGAUGUUUCAACUGUAACUAGGCAAACCCUUGGUGUUUUUGCACACAUUACUCCUAUAACUGGUGCUGAUGAAGUCGUUCCAGAAACUGAAAAGUUAUUUCUGGAAGGAAGGAUUGUGCAAAAGCUAGAGUGCCGUCCAUAUGCUGAUAAAUGCUACAUGAAGCUUAAACGAGAAAGUAUAAAAAAAGCUUCCGUUCCUCAGAGACAGGUUCAACAGUUGGAUAGAGUCGUUCAAAACUUCAAACCUGUGUCUGAUCAUAAACACAAUAUUGAAUAUGCUGAGAAGAAAAAAGCAGAAGGAAAGAAGAUGCGUGAUGACAAGGAAGCUGUUUUAGACAUGCUUUUCGCUGCCUUUGAGAAACAUCAGUACUAUAACAUUAGAGAUCUUGUAAAAAUUACUCGACAACCAAUAGUAUAUCUAAAAGAGAUAUUAAACGAAGUGUGCAAUUACAAUUUGAAAAACCCACAUAGGAAUAUGUGGGAAUUGAAACCCGAAUACAGGCAUUACAAAGAUGAAGAGAAACCAGCGGAGAGCAAUGAAGCAAAAGACAAUGACUCCGACGAUUAGUCAAUUAAAAGAUAUUGUUAAGAUUAUUAUUUUUAUGACUAGCUAAUUAAUCUUUCGCUAUGUACAAAACAUUUCUAUAAACAAUUAAGAAGAAAAAUAAUAAAA